AGAAUUGGUACGACUAUAAUCUGAUGUGGAGACCAGCAGAUUAUGGUGGAGUGGAUAUGAUUCACGUGCCCGCAGAGAAUCUAUGGCUCCCAGAUAUAGUGCUGUUCAAUAACGCCGACGGCAACUACGAGGUAACAUUGAUGACAAAGGCGACGGUAUAUCACACGGGUUUAGUGGUGUGGAAUCCGCCGGCACUUUACAAGUCGACGUGUAAAAUAGAUGUCGAGUACUUCCCAUUCGACGAACAGUCGUGUCUAAUGAAGUUCGGCAGUUGGACUUACGACGGACAUGAGGUAGAUCUCCGUCACGUCAAACAACAGGACGACUCAAACUCGGUUGAGAUGGGGAUCGAUAUGAGCUCUUUCUAUAAGAGCGUCGAAUGGGAUAUACUGUUAGUUCCGGCCAAAUAUAAUGAGGAAUAUUUUGAUUGCUGUCCCGAACCCUAUCCGGACAUCACAUUCAAUAUAACCCUUCGGCGAAAGACUCUCUUUUAUACCGUUAAUCUCAUCAUUCCUUGCGUUGGGAUCUCAUUCCUAACUGUAUUAGUGUUUUAUCUGCCGUCCGAUAGCGGAGAAAAGGUCACACUUUCCAUAUCUAUUCUCGUGUCGCUCACUGUAUUCUUCCUCCUAUUGGCUGAGAUAAUACCUCCAACAAGUCUCGCGGUUCCACUUCUGGGCAAAUAUUUAUUAUUUACAAUGAUUUUGGUUACACUGUCUAUAUGUGUAACGGUUGGCGUCCUUAACGUACACUUCAGGUCUUCAUCGACUCAUCGAAUGUCCGGUUGGGUCCGCACUCUCUUCAUUCAUAUGAUGCCCCGACUGUUGCUUAUGAAGAGACCCUCAUAUCAUGACUGGACCGAAGAGUUGGCCGCGGUCAGUUCUAAGAGUAAGUCAAAAGUGGAUUCUUGUAACGGAGGUUCAAAUGGAUUCGCUAUAAGACGUAACUCAUACCGAAUGAUGCAAAGAAGUGCCAACAAUGGCGUCUAUAGAGUAGAACCAAUGACUUCAUAUACUUCUGUGGCAGCGGAUCAACGCUAUGUGGACAACGAUAUUCCCGGUCUACCACUUAUUUGCCAUUACGGCUCCACUCAUGAGUACAACAGUGCAAUGGAUUCAGAGCUGGCGAUGUCUGGACUCAAUCGUAACACAUAUUGCAAUAUAAAUAACGAGAAUUGUAUUCAUUGGUCGAAUGGCAGAGAUGUGAUGCCAAGUGUCAUAGAAGACUGGAAAUACGUGGCUAUGUCGUGUCUAAUGAAGUUCGGCAGUUGGACUUACGACGGACAUGAGGUAGAUCUCCGUCACGUCAAACAACAGGACGACUCAAACUCGGUUGAGAUGGGGAUCGAUAUGAGCUCUUUCUAUAAGAGCGUCGAAUGGGAUAUACUUUUAGUUCCGGCCAAAUAUAAUGAGGAAUAUUUUGAUUGCUGUCCCGAACCCUAUCCGGACAUCACAUUCAAUAUAACCCUUCGGCGAAAGACUCUCUUUUAUACCGUUAAUCUCAUCAUUCCUUGC